AUGGACGGAGACGUGAAUCAGAUGCUGCUGGCAACAACCACGGCCUCGGCGGAGGGCAUUCAGGCCAGUGAGCGAUGGCUGAUGCGGCCAAAGAAGCGUGGCAGCGCCACCGCAAACACAACUGCAAAUGCGGCCAAGGCGAGCAAAAAGGCAAGACCCGAGGCAGAUGCGGACGCCAAUGAUGGCCCGAUGGAGGUGUCUGCUGGCGGGGAUGUGGGCGCGUGCGCCUCCUCGUCGCCGUCAGUGUGCGCCGUGGAGGGGAUGGUGCACCGGCUGGUGGAGUACGUCAUUGAGAGACAGCUGGGAGGCCGCCACAACGCCUCGCGUGGAGACGGCAAAGACCUGGCGCCACUGCCGCGCGCUGUGCUCUGCGCUGAAACCUCCACCAUGCGGCCGGUUGCUCUCUUCCACGUGCACCACACAGUGUACGGCAGCACUAGUACGACACAGAGUGAAAAGGCGCCGGACGCGAUUGUGCGCUACCGGAAGAAACUGCACGUGUGCAGCCACGAUAGGGACCUUGUGGGUGGCGCGGUCGACGGUAGGCCGCUCCACACGCGGAGGCACCUUCUCACGCUGGUGACCAAGGGCCUCAGGGGUGAGCGCAUCGACGAGCUGCCCGUGAAGCAUGCCGUUGCGGAGGAGGGACAAAAGAUGGUGGACACGCAACACGACGUGGUGGUGCUGUUCGACAGCGCGAAGCAGGGGACGCUGAGUAGUUUCCUGCAGGACUCCUCCUCUUCUUCUGAUGAUGAUAAUGAAUAG